AUGGUGAUGAGUCUGCGUGUGUCAGAGCUGCAGGUGCUGUUGGGAUACGCCGGCAGAAACAAACACGGACGCAAACACGAGCUGCUGACCAAAGCUCUGCAGCUGCUGAGGCCCGGCUGCAGCCCCGCCGUGCACCUGAAGAUCAAGGAGCUGUACCGCCGCCGCUUCCCUGCUAAGCUAAUGCAGCACACCGAGCUGUCGCAUCACCAGGUCACGGCUAAGCUAAUGCAGCACACCGAGCUGUCGCACCACCAGGUCACGGCUAAGCUAAUGGCCCAGGCCGACAUGUCGCAUCACCAGUUUGACGACCUACUGACCCGCAUUGGCGCUAGGAUCUCCUACCAGGACACCAACUACAGGCGCUCUAUUCCAGCUGAAGAGCGCCUGUCCAUCUGUCUGCGGUUUCUUGCCACUGGGGACUCCUACAGGACCAUUGCGGGGAGCUUCAGAGCGGGCAUAUCCACCGUCUCCAUGCUCAUCCCAGAUGUGGUGGCAGCCAUCUGGGACUGCCUCGUGGAGGAGUUCAUGGCUGUGCCUGGAGCAGAGGAGUGGAGGUAA